GGAGGAGGAAGGAGAAGGGAAGAAAGAAGAUGAGGAGAAGGGAGAAGGGGGGGAGCGGGGAGGAGUGCGCAGGGAGGAGGCAGCGGGGAGGAGCGCGCGGGGAGGAGGCAGCCGCGCUGGGAGGAGUCUGAAAACUUUCAGCGCGAGGGCAUUGUGGGAAGCAGCCAUGGUCUAAGCCGGGCGCCUCACCUGUCAGCCGCACCGGCUCUUGCGCUCGCCUCUCGCCUUCGCUUCUCCAGCGCUCCUUGCUCGCAAGGCGGGGGCGGCGGCCGCCCAGCCACCAUGAUACAUUUCAUAUUGCUCUUCAGUCGACAAGGGAAAUUACGGCUACAGAAAUGGUACAUCACUCUGCCUGACAAAGAGAGGAAGAAGAUCACCCGGGAAAUUGUUCAGAUUAUUCUCUCCCGUGGUCACAGGACAAGCAGUUUUGUUGACUGGAAGGAACUAAAACUUGUUUAUAAAAGGUAUGCUAGUUUAUAUUUUUGCUGUGCAAUAGAAAAUCAGGACAAUGAGCUCUUGACGCUAGAGAUUGUGCAUCGUUACGUGGAGCUGCUGGACAAAUAUUUUGGAAAUGUCUGCGAGCUGGAUAUUAUCUUUAAUUUUGAAAAGGCUUAUUUCAUCCUGGACGAGUUUAUAAUAGGUGGAGAAAUUCAGGAAACAUCCAAGAAAAUUGCUGUCAAAGCCAUUGAAGACUCUGAUAUGUUACAGGAGACAAUGGAAGAAUAUAUGAAUAAGCCUACAUUUUAACUGGAAAUCUACUUGAAGACUCCAGCACUACGUGUUAUGAAGCUGUAAAUAAGCAACGCCUCGCAUCCGGUUUUUUGAUGGAGCCUCAGGCACCAUGCCAAAAAUAAUUUAAAGGGAUUCUUUGUUAACUAACAAAGUUAAAAUUGUUUAACAUAUUUAUAAUUACUGUGUGUCUGUAUUAU